AUGCGCCAGACGCAAGGCUAUAGCAAGGCAUCCGGACAAAAGACCUGCUUCCAGAGGUACUCUCCCCAGCUCCCCCCUCGGCUCUCCAAGGCAGCUCUGCCCUGCAGCCGAGGCCUGAGGCCACCCCCGGCCCGCAGCUCAGCACGCCCCUCGCCCUGCCUGCGCGCCAGCUUCAACGAAGCCCCGUGCUUCGAGCAUAUUUUUGGUAUCAGGCCGGGAGUAACGUGUGUUCUGACACCCCCAGGAGCCUCCCAAGCCAAAGCCAAGAUGCGAGACCACAGCGCUUUCUGCCGCCAGCCGGGCCCGCCCCAGGGGACACGGUCAGGGCAGGGCAGGGCUGCGUUACGCCUCACGGCAGAGCCGCGGCCAACACGCACGCCUAGGGCAAUGGCGAGAUCUGCUGCCACUACUGCCCCAGCUCUGCAGAAACGGGAUUUCAAGCAAGCUCUGCAGGGGCUGGCAAGGCCGAGGGGGCUCCGAUGCGAUCAGGCAGAGCAGUUCUUUAGAAGUGGACAUACAAAUAACUGGGCAGUUUUGGUGUGUACAUCUCGAUUCUGGUUUAAUUAUCGUCAUGUGGCAAAUACUCUCUCAGUAUACCGAAGUGUCAAGAGACUGGGCAUUGCUGAUAGUCACAUUGUCCUGAUGCUGGCAGAUGAUAUGGCAUGUAAUCCCAGAAAUCCCAAACCAGCUACUGUGUUUAGCCACAAAAACAUGGAGCUAAAUGUCUAUGGAGAUGAUGUGGAAGUGGAUUACAGAGGCUAUGAGGUUACUGUCGAAAAUUUCUUGCGUGUAUUAACAGGAAGAAUCCCACCAAGCACACCACGAUCUAAACGUCUUCUUUCUGAUGACAGGAGCAAUAUCCUAAUAUAUAUGACAGGCCAUGGUGGAAAUGGUUUCCUGAAAUUUCAAGAUUCUGAAGAAAUCACAAAUGUAGAACUUGCUGAUGCCUUUGAACAAAUGUGGCAGAAGAGAAGGUACAAUGAAUUGUUAUUUAUUAUUGAUACUUGUCAAGGAGCAUCCAUGUAUGAGCGAUUUUAUUCACCUAAUAUAAUGGCCUUGGCAAGCAGCCAAGUAGGAGAAGAUUCUUUAUCACAUCAACCUGAUCUUGCGAUUGGCGUUCACCUUAUGGACAGAUACACAUUCUAUGUGCUAGAGUUCCUGGAAGAAAUUCACCCAGCCAGUCAGACAAAUAUGAAUGACCUAUUUCAGGUCUGUCCAAAAAGUUUGUGUGUUUCCACACCUGGGCACCGAACUGAUCUAUUUCAGCGGGACCCUCAAAAUGUUCUGAUAACAGACUUCUUCGGCAGUGUGAGAAAGGUGGAAAUUACAACAGAGACAAUUUCUUUGGACCGUGACUUAGCCGGUUUUGAAAGCAAGCUUCCAAAGGAUGAGUUGGCAACAGAACCACUAAAAUAUGCUGAACAAUUUCCUGUAGCUCAGAUAAUACACCAGAAACCGAAACAAAAGGACUGGCAUCCUCCUGGAGGAUUUAUUUUAGGACUCUGGGCAUUGAUCAUCAUGGUUUUCUUCAAAACAUACGGAAUCAAGCACAUGAAGCACAUCUUCUGAAUUGGAGCAAGCAAGAUGAUUGCAUUGACGGCUGCUUUGGAUUCACUGGUGUCAUCGGAGUUCUCUGUAUGUGUGUUAUGGUCGUAGUGAAAAACAGUGUUGAGAUCUUCUAAAGGUUCUUUUGAAGUCCUCUCUUCUGCCCGUUCCAUUGAAAAAAGUCUAGCCAAUGGUUUUAGUUAGAUCUUUGUCUUGUUUUAAACAUAUUUUAAUGCUUUUCUGAGCAAUUUUUCUGUUUAACCUCAAAAAAAAAGAGGGACCUAAACACAGUAACAGAAUUGCUGAGGU